AUGGAGUUCUGGCAUAAGCUUCGCCGGCAUGUCCAGAUUGGUUGGUCGCCUCUGGCCAUCUUCCGCAAGACAGAUUGUGACUCCGAGAGACUCUUAUCCGACUCCGAGGCCUACGGAACGAUGUCAUCCGAGGACCGCACCGACACGACCAAGGUUCAACCCUUUCGAAGCUCACGACAGCAAUCUUGGUUCUCUAUCGAAGGGCUCCAUCUUCUUCUCCUCCACUUUUGGCUUUCGAAAAGUGCAUAUCUCAGGCAGUUUGGCGUCCUCGUUCCUUACAUCUGCCCUUCGGGAGACUGGAAGACACAAACGAGCAUCUUGGUGAUGAUUCUCCUCUUUUUCAAGGACCGUGCUUUACAGGUAUUGAUACCACGCCAAGUGGGCAUCAUCAUGGAUACUAUUCGGUCAGGAUCCAGUAAUCCUUGGACGAUAAUGACGAAGAUUUGUUGGUGGAUGUUUCUCGACGUGGCGCUUAAGUUUGAAAUUCCCGAGGCGGUAGCUAUGACCCGGGUCUCCCAUGUCGCGACGAAGAAUUUAGUCGCGUCUUUUCACGCUCACAUUUUGAACCUUUCCUUGGACUUCUUCCGAGGCGAACGCUCCGCCGAGCUUCUUACAACGCUCAAUGAUGGUGAGAGCAUUAGCGAGGCGAUCGCAGAGUUCCUUUUGGACCUUAUUCCUAUGGUGGCAGAUCUUGUUGUUGCCAUGAUAUAUCUUCAUUACACCAUUAACGGGUACGUCACACUGGCCAUUGCCUUUUUCGGCGCUAUCUAUAUCUUCUUGAUACAGUACGGAAUAUGUUGGCAGUCCGAUUCAUAUCGAUCUUAUGUCGAGAAGCGUCGACAAGUCCAACAUGAAUUGCAAGAUUCGAUCCAGAAUUGGCAAGCCAUUUUUUGUUUUCGCCAACAAGACUAUGAAUCUCGCCGGUUCUUGGAGACUUUGACCGAGCUAUUGAGGAGACGAACAAGAUAUUACAUGAGACACUAUCUGGUAUCCAAUGCCCGAAGUUUGCUUCUCAGUUUGGCGCUGCUAGGAGCGGCUUCCGCCACGACUUUGGGGAUCAGGAAUGGGGCGGCACCUUCCAACUUCGCGGUCCUUAUCACGUAUUGGGCUGCCAUAUCGAGAAAUCUCAGCGGACUGACCAAGAGCUUACGAAAUUUUGGAGAGAUGCUGGUGUCCGCGGAGAAGCUCGUCAGGAUUCUCCAGGCAAACCCUACCGUCGUCGAUGGAGCGAGAUCGUUGCUUAUACAAGACGGGGCCCUUUUAUUUGAGAAUGUUUCGUUUACGUAUGCAGGACAUGCUACUGGAGUCCAGAACAUCAACUUCAAAGUUCCGGGCGGAUCAACGGUGGCAUUGGUGGGCGAGAGUGGUGGAGGCAAAUCUACCAUUGCCAGCCUCUUGCUUCGGCUGUACGACGUGGAGAACGGCGCGAUUAAGAUUGACGAUCAAGAUAUUCGGGAUGUCACGCUGUCCAGCCUGGGGGAUGCAGUUGCAAUUGUGCCACAAGAGUCUCACAUCUUCGACCGACCUGUCAUUGACAACAUUCGAUGUGGGAGGGGCAAUGCCACCGAGGAGGAAGUGAUAGAAGUGUGCAAGGCGAUCGGACUCCAUGAUGCGAUCAUGAAAUUUGAAGAGAACUACCAGAUGAAAGCAGGUGAAGGAGGCAAUCGAUUAUCUGGUGGACAGAGACAGCGGGUUGGAAUUGCUCGAGUCCUUUUGAAAAGACCGAAGGUGAUCAUCCUUGACGAACCUACGUCGGCUGUUGACUCGGUCACCGAGGCCAAAAUCAAAGAAACAUUCGACCGCUUGAGUUAUCGCCCCACCAUUCUUGUCGUUGCUCAUCGACUCUCGACCAUCAAGGAUGCAGAUCUCAUUCUUGUCAUCCAUGAGGGUCGCAUCAGUGAGAAAGGUACCCACUCAGAGUUAAUGGCACAAGAUGGGAUGUAUCAUGAACUUUGGUUGUCUCAGUCAAAAUAG